AUGACUGUUUCGUUGGCGUAUGCCAAACAAAAGAAAGUCGAUACGGCAAUCGAGCUGUUGAUUAAGGGAGGUCAGGUCAUGAGGGGCGGCCCCAGAGAGAAACUCAGCAUGCUUACCUGCUUGUGUUGGAUGUAUUUGUGGAAAAGUAGGGAGGCACCUCGAGUUGCACCGGAAGGUGUACUGCCCUCUGAGGCCAGGACGAAGGACUAUUUUCUGGGGCUUUCAACGUCUACGUUGAAUGAAGCCCUUCGAAUAAACCCGGCGUUCCCACCUCUGUUUCUGGCUCGCGGAGUUCUACAAUUACUGAAGGCGUCACUGCAACCUCCUUCGAAGUCUGCCGCGCCUGGUGCGAUCGAUAUUGACAAGGCGGAAAUUCUGCGAGCAUCGUUGAAGUCUUUUGAAGAUGCAAUUCGGGUCUCGCAAGGAAGAAAUAUGAUGGCUGUACUGGGCAAAUCGCGCGCUCUUUAUUCUCUUGGAAAGUUUGCGGAAGCGCUGGAAGGAUAUCAAGAGGUUCUUCACAAGAUGCCGGAAUUGGUAGACCCAGAUCCACGGAUAGGAAUUGGGUGUUGUUUCUGGCAGCUUGGUUUUAAGGAGGAUGCAAAGACGGCCUGGGAACGGGCGUUGGAGAUAAGUCCAGAUUCGAAAACCGCAAAUAUCCUACUCGGUCUUUUCUACCUCGAUGCCAGCGCGCAUGUACCGACGAACGGGCCAGAAUUUAUUCGCCUAUACAAGAAGGCAAUGACGGAAUACACACAAAAAGCUUUCAAAGCGGACAAAGAUCUUCCGUUGACUUGCGCUACCUUUGCUGGCUACUUCUUGUCGCGAAAGUCUCUUCCCAACGUUGAUACUCUUGCUCACAAAGCAAUCCAGUAUACGGAUGUUAACGCCAUUGCCAGUGAUGGCUGGUAUCUCCUAGCUCGAAAAGAGCACUACGAUGAAGAUUAUGAAAGGGCAACUGACUACUACCGCCGAGCUGAUGAGGCGAGAGGUGGAGCAGAACGUGGAUAUCUCCCUGCUAAAUUUGGUGCUGCACAGUUGGCGGUCUUGAAGAGUGAUUUUGGAGAAGCGAAAUUGCGACUGGAGAAAAUAAUUCAGCAGUCAAAGAACAUUGAGGCUAUGGUUCUUUUGGGUACGCUUUAUGCGGAGGAAGUCUUUGUCAGCCAGCAAAGCGCUGUUAAGGAGGACAAAUCCACCGAGUUUAAGAAGGCGAUUGGUUAUCUUGAAACCGCAAGAAAUGCCUGGAAGGACCCAAAGAAGAACCUCAUUGCUGAUUCUUCGGUGCUCCUCAAUCUUGCUCGCCUUUACGAGGUAGACCAGCCAGAGAAAAGCUUGCAGUGCCUUCAGCAGGUCGAACAGAUUGAAUAUGAUCGUCUUCCCAAGGACGAAAAACCGGAUGACCCUGAGGAAAUUGCAGCUUUGAAAGAGUCCCUGAGGGAAGGUCUGCCGCCUCAGCUUCUCAAUAAUAUGGGCUGUUUCUAUUACCAGUCUGAAAAGUUUGAGCAAGCUGGAGCCAUGUUCCAAGUGGCUCUCAAUGCGUGUAUGAAAAUCACCGAAACCCAAGAAGAACUUGAUGGUGAUGCACUUGUCACGACUAUCAGCUAUAAUCUUGGUCGUACAUACGAGGCUAGCGGCCAGCUCGACGAAGCCAAUACCGUCUAUGAAGGGCUACUGGCGCGUCACGAUAACUAUACUGAUGCGAGGACGAGGCAAGCCUACAUUGCGCUCCGACAAAACCCAACUGACGACGGACCGAAAAAAAUGGGUGAGCUCUACAAAGACGCGUCCGCUGACCUCGAAGUCAGAGCGCUAUAUGGGUGGUAUCUAGGGCGGGUCAACUCUCGCAAGAAGAUUGGGAAUCUUGCUGAAGAUUCCGAAUUACGCCAUUACAAACAUACUCUGCAGGGUUACGACAAGCACGACCGGUAUGCUUUGAUAGGCAUGGGAAACUUGUAUUUGAUGACAGCCCGUGAAAUGCGACGAGAGACAGACCAAGACAAACAAAAACGAAGCGCCAUGUAUACCAAAGCUGUGGAAUUUUUUGACAAAGCUUUACAGCUUGACCCAAAGAACGCUUACGCCGCUCAGGGGAUUGCAAUCGCUCUUGUUGAAGACAAGAAGGAUCUCAAAACUGCAUUAUCGAUCUUCGUCAAGGUUCGAGAAACAGUCAAAGAUCCGAGCGUGUUUGUCAAUUUGGGUCACGUUUUCGCCGAGCUACACCAGUACAGCAAGGCUGUUGAACAUUAUGAAGCUGCUUUGUCGAAGGAUAGGUCUCGUGAUGCUCAAAUUCUGGCAUGCUUAGGCCGGACUUGGUUGGCAAAGGGCAGGGCUGAGAAGAACUUGACAGGUUACAAAAAUGCCCUUGAAUAUUCUCUGAAAGCUCUUGAGCUCGCGCCAGAACAGGUUCAUUUCAAGUUCAAUGUUGCAUUCGUUCAUAUACAGCUUGCUACUGCUGUUUACGGGACGCCAGAGGCACAACGAACCCUGGCAGAGGUUCAGGCUGCUGCUGAGGGACUGGAAGCGGCGAUUGAGUCUUUAGAAGCAAUUGCCCAGCACCCACAAACACCCUUUCCAAAACACGAUAUUGAGCAGCGAGCGAACAUGGCUCGAAACACCAUGCGCAAACAGUUGGAGCGGUCUAUUCAAGCUCAGAAAGAGUACGAGGAAAAGAACUUUGAAAAACUCCAAGCUGCCAAACAGAAGCGAGAAGAGGAACUGAAGAGGCGGGAGGAUGCCAAGAAGGCAGCACAGCAAGCUGAGCUCGAUCGAAAGCUUAAGAUUGCCGAAGAGCGGCAAAAGAUCGCUGAGAAGGAUCGUGAACUUGCUGAUCUGAGGGCCGAGGAAGACAGAGCACGAGAAGCUGCGGAACUUACGACUGAUAGUGAGACUGGUGACAAAGUUAAGCGAAAGAAGAAACCUCGUGGAGGUGGCGGAAAACGCAAGAAGAAGAAUGAUGAUGGAAUUACAGAUGAUGAGAGUGGUGGGGAGCGAGAGCCAAAGCCAAGGCGUCGCGCAAAGAGAGGUAGUGGUGAUGAUAGCGAUGAAGAAAAGCCAAAGAAGAAGAGGAGAUUGGCAAAGAAAGGGGCAAACGACAAGCCCAGCAAAUUCAAGAGUAGCGAGAUUGUUGUCGAGAGCGAUAGCGAUGGUGAUAACGGUGCAGCCGAUGCUCUAAAGGAGAUGGAUGAUGAAGUCUUGAGUGACGCACCUGCAUCUAUGGAUGUUGAUGAGGAUGAAGCAGCUCCCGCCCCUGCGAAACGGAAAAAUCGCCGUGCAAUGAUUGAUUCCGACGAUGAGGACGAGGAUGAAGAACCUGCUGCGAGAGACGACUCUCCUGCCACCGCGAAUGGGGAUACACCGAUGGCUGAUCCAGCACCUGCAGCUGAGGACUCCGAUGAGUAG